AUGAAGUCGAGGGCAGGAAUGGAAGCCCUCAUGAACGACCACCAGAGCCAAGACCUGGACGUGUUGCUCAUCCAAGAACCAUCCAUCACUGCGUACCGAACCCAUGUCAAUCACAGUGCGUGGCGACUAUACCGACCGACGGUGGGAAACACCGAGGUGCGCAUUCGAAGCCUAAUUUAUGUCAACCGGAGACUGUCCACAUCCUCGCAUCGACAAAUGCCAUGCAACCGCCCCGAUCUGACGGCGGUCAAGAUCUGGUCCGCCGACACCUAG